AUGGCCCAACCAAUCUACACCUUCCAAACCCGACCCAACCGUCCCGUCGGCCACCCCUACAUCCCCGGUAUCCCCACCAUCAGCGGCCCCUCCAACAACCAGCCCGAAACCAUCAAGAAACUUCUCAAUCGCUACUCCAAAAAUAAAUCCAGUUGGGAAUGGCAUGCACGUUUGCGUGGUGGAAUGCAAAAAGAGGAUAGUGAUCCUGCUCCUGGAGAUUACUAUAGGAAGACUGCUGCGUUGAAGCUGCCGGCGGAUUUAGAUGCGGAUGCGUAUGUUAGACCGAGCGAUGAGUGGAUCGAGGAGAAUCCGAAAAGAAAGGGAAUGGAGACGAUGCCGGUGGGAAGGCAGUGGAUUACUGGUUUGGCUCUUGGUAGAGCUCUCAUCAAUGAUCCCAAUUCCGGAGCUGGGUAUGUUAGUUCCGGUAUUCCUGGCGAAGAAGUGGCUCUUUUUGCCAAUCCACAAGCAAAUGCCGCCGGCGCACCGCUGCCCAUAGCUGGACCGAAUGGAUCUAAUCAGGUACCACAGCCAGUUGCAGCCCCUCACAACUCUCCUUCGGCCAUGCCAUCCCCAAUUCGACCUCUCCCAGAUUUUUACCCAAACCUCGCCAGUCCCAUUGGCCUCUUCUUGGCAGGUGAAAAUCCCCAAGAUAUCCAAGCAGCUAAAGAUCAUGCUGCUCCUGCUCGGGCUAUGCCACCCCCGCCCCCACCCUCACCCUCACCUUUCCAAAAUCGAUACACACCCAUUGCCGAUCCCAAUGGUCCUCAAUCAGCGUUUCAGUCUCCUCAAAACCCGCAGACAGUCAUCACUCACACCAGGAUUGUUCGUCCGGCUACCGCUGCCGAAUUAGCUUCUCUCCCAGGUCAAGCUCCCGCUAAUGGACCUCUUCCCGGCUUCAAUCAUGCCAAUGCUUUUCCUCAAGACGGCUUUGCUAAUCUCGAACUUGAUCCGCAAGAACGUGCCACAACCCUAGCUCGUCGCGAUCGGCCUCAUCAUGAUCCCACGGUUCGUUUGGCCGGAGUACCGGAGGGGAAUAUGGAUCUUGACGAGGCCAAUGGUGAUGAAGAUGUGCCGUUUGAAUGGGAUGAUGAUUACAUUAAUGGUGGUGAUGUGAAAAUGGGAAUAAACGAUGUCAAUUAG